CCAUAAGCAAAUCAGAUCUCCUCAUUGUCUCCACCUUCGAUUCCAAAUCUUUCUCGGCCAUGGCGCUGGUGAUCUACGGUUAUGAUUUCAUCUGUUUUGCAUUGGUCGCUGGCGCCAUCUUCGGUUCCUUGUGGGUGAUCAGACGGACAGAAGGCGACCAGAUAUGCGACGAUGCCACCAGGUAUGAGAGCUUGUUGUUCGAUCGAUCUGAUCGGGACGGAUUCGUGGGUCAGAUGAGGAAUGGCCAUGUGGGGUCCACUCAGUUGUGGAUGAGCUGCUGGAGAGAGGUGCAUCCUGGAUGGCUCUUGGCUACCCGGGCUGUGUCUGCAUUUGUCUUGGCUGGGUUCCUGGCAUGGGACAUAAGAUGCUAUGAUUCGACCAUCUUUGUAUACUACACUGAGUGGACCGUUGCACUAGUCAUUAUCUAUUUCGCGCUUGGCACUGUGAUAUCCGCCCAUGGAUGCUGGAUGUAUUCAAAACAUCGCUUGGAAAAUGAAGAAAGAGGUGGCAGGUCCCGGAAAGCGGACUUAGAAGAGAGUAAAUCAACAGUCACAACAUAUAAAACAGCUAAAAUCAGCGGUGCCAUCGAAGGAGAAGGCCAUCAUGAGCAGGAGAUUAUCAAACAAAGAGCGGGUUUUUGGGGGUAUCUGAUGCAAACUGUAUAUCAGGCUUGUGCUGGUGCUGUAAUGCUGACGGAUAUCGUUUUCUGGUGUCUUAUAGUUCCGUUUCUCUCGAUCCAACAUUUCAGCCUGAAUAUGUUAAUGGGGUGCAUGCAUACUCUCAAUGCAGUGUUUCUUCUCCUCGACACCAUCCUCAACGACAUGCCGUUCCCGUGGUUCCGCCUGACAUACUUUGUGCUCUGGAGCUGUAUCUACAUCAUUUUCCAAUGGGUUAUCCAUGCAUGUGGUUUUCCAUGGUGGCCUUACCCUUUCCUUGAGCUCUCGACUCCUUGGGCGCCUAUGUGGUAUCUCUGCUUGGCUCUCAUUCAUAUCCCUUGUUACGGCUUAUACGCGCUUAUCGUAGAAGCGAAAAAUUCAAUUUUCCCGAGAUUGUUCCCACAAGCAUAUGUAAAGCCUUAUUAGCAUCCCCAAUUUCAUUUUUGCUUUUGAAAAUUGGAGGGAUGGUUUGGCUGUCACAAUUCAAUGUAUCUUUAGUUGUUUAAGCAUAAGAUGUGGAGGUGUUGUUUUUGUCCAUUCCCUCCAUUAAUACAUAGUUCAUUCCUUGAUAUUGAGAUCAGUCCUGAAACUUGUAUUUGUCAGUACUAGUCAAUGAAUGAUUGUAAUUCAUCUGAAUUUUUUUUAUC